UUAAUAUAGACAGAGAGUGAGCCGGGAGCCACACCAACGCCGGCAGUCGAAAAAUUAACUUCCGGCAGCUACUCCUGCUUUAAAGCCCCCUCUGUCCACCUGGCUGUGUGUGAGCGAGCAUCUGUCCUCUCUCUCUCUCUUCUGGUUCACACUCUUUAACUCCAAACAUUACUAGUAGUUGAAAGAGGAGAGAGAGAGAGAGAGAGAGAGAGAGAGCAAUAGACUCCUUUUCCUUUUCGAAAGAGUUGAGCAAUUCAUUCAAUUCAAUUAAAAACACUCUCUCUCUCUCUCUCUCUCUCUCUCGUCUGUCCGUGUAAUCAGACAAAAAUGGCUUUAAAUCCGUCGGUUACAACAAACAUACAUUCACUCAGUUGCUAGAGCAUCAUCAUAUAAAUAUAUAUAUAGAGAGAGAGAGAGAGAGAGAGCAGUGGUAGAAUGGUACUUUGGAUUAGCGCUCUCUCUCUCUCUCUUGUUCGUACCCAUCUUUUCCAACCCAACGCCUCUCUUAAUUACUCCCCCACCUCUCCCUAAAUUUCAUUCAUUGCCCCCUUUACAAUCCCUUCCCCCCACCCACCCAAAUAUCUCUCUCCUCUGGAUUCAUUCAUGCCGACUUUCCAGCCGUUACGACGGCCUCGUCUUUGAAAUGAAAUGAAAUCAGUUAUUUCUUUAGACAAUGCUUCUCAAAAUCAAUCCCACACCCCACCAAAUCCAUAUCUAAUCCUUGUCGUUUAUGAUCAUAUAUUCUUCUUCUUGUUUUUCCUGUGAUUUUGUAAUAAUAAACACUAAAUGAUAUAUUUGUAUUAUUAAUACACUCAAUAUAUCAUAUCAUGGGAAUCCAUGAUUCGGCUAAGAUUCUUUGCUUCUUCUUCUUCUUCUUUAACCACCAAUGUCAUUACAAUCCCAAUCACCGGCACAAGUCUUGCCUGAGAUACUGCUGCUGAAGCUAUUCACCACCACCACCACCACCGAUGGAGUACGGUAUCGGCGGCGGAGCGAGUGGUGGGUCCGGCGGAGACCACCACGAUGACUCUGAUCCUCACCGGAGGAAGAAACGAUACCAUCGCCACACUGCUUACCAGAUUCAGAAGCUUGAAGCAAUAUUCAAAGACUCUCCUCAUCCAGACGAGAAGCAAAGGUUGCAGUUAAGCAGAGAGCUAGGCUUGGCUCCUCGCCAGAUUAAGUUCUGGUUCCAGAACAGGAGGACCCAGCUCAACAUGAAAGAGCAGAUAACGGUGCACUGAGGGCAGAAAAUGAUAGAAUUCGUUGCGAGAAUAUAGCAAUCAGAGAGGCACUCAAGAAUGUGAUAUGCCCUACUUGCGGAGGUCCUCCUGUCAGUGAAGAUUCAUAUUUCGACGAGCAGAAGUUGCAAAUGGAGAAUGCCCAAUUGAAGGAAGAGCUUGACAGAGUUUCGAGCAUUGCGGCAAAGUACCUAGGGAGGCCAGUUUCACAACUCCCUCCUGUGCAGCCAAUUCAAAUUUCCUCCUUGGAUCUAUCAAUGGCCACUUUCGGGGCUCAGGCGAUGAUGGGCGGCCACCAUUCACUCGAUCUUGAUCUUGAUCUUCUUCAUCUACCGGUUAGUUCUUCGUCGACAACACCUCAAAACCUGCCAUUUCAGGCAAUAAACAUUUCGGAGAUGGAUAAAUCCCUGAUGGCAGAUGUUGCUGGGAAUGCAAUGGAGGAAUUUAUUAGGCUUUUGCAGAACAAUGAUGGUUUGUGGAUAAAGUCCAGCAGUGAUGGGAAAGAUGUUCUUAAUCUCGAUACUUAUGAGAGGCUCUUCCCCAGGGCUAAUAAUAAGAAUCCCAACGUUCGAAUUGAAGCAUCAAGAGAUUCAGGGGUUGUCAUCAUGAAUGGUUUGGCAUUGGUUGAAAUGUUUAUGGAUUCGAACAAAUGGGUGGAGCUAUUUCCCACCAUCAUCUCCAAGGCAAGAACACUUGAAGUAAUAUCAUCUGGAGUGUUGGGUGGCCAAAGUGGUUCCUUACAGCUGAUGUAUGAAGAGGUGCAGGUGCUGUCACCACUGGUAGCAACAAGGCAAUUCUAUGUGCUACGUUUAUGUCAGCAAAUAGAGCAAGGGUCUUGGGCAAUAGUAAAUGUCUCAUAUGAUCAUCUCCCUCAAAUUCAAGAGACCUCCCUAUCUUCUUCUAGUCAUUCUUUGCAAGAUCGAUGUCACAAGCUACCUUCUGGAUGUUUCAUCCAAGAUAUGCCUAAUGGCUACUCCAAGGUGACUUGGGUGGAACAUGUGGAGAUACAAGACAAAACACCAACACAUAGGCUUUUCAAAGAUCUUAUUCAUAGUGGGUUGGCAUUUGGAGCUGAAAGAUGGCUUGCUUCUCUUCAAAGGAUGUGUGAGAGAUUUGCUUGCCUCAUGGUCACUGGCAAUUCUACUCGUGACCUUGGAGGUGUGAUUCCAUCAUCAGAUGGAAAGAGAAGCAUGAUGAAACUGGCACAAAGGAUGAUAAACAAUUUUUGUGGGAGCAUCAACCCAUCCAACGGUCACCAGUGGACCACAUUUUCAGGGUUAAAUGAAGUUGAAGUCCGAGCCAGCCUUCACAAGAGUACCGAUCCAGGCCAGCCCAGUGGUGUGGUCCUCAGUGCUGCUACAACCAUUUGGGUCCCUGUUUCUCCCCAAAAUGUUUUCAAUUUCUUUAGGGAUGAACGUACUCGACCUCAGUGGGAUGUUCUCUUCAAUGGCAAUGCGGUCCAGGAGGUUGCCCACAUUGCAAAUGGGUCUCACCCAGGGAACUGUAUCUCUGUUCUCAGGGCAUUCAACACAAGCCAGAACAACAUGUUAAUUCUCCAAGAGAGCUGCAUAGACUCAUCUGGAUCCCUGGUUGUCUACUGCCCGGUGGACCUACCCGCCAUCAACAUAGCAAUGAGCGGUGAGGAUCCAUCCUACAUACCCCUCCUGCCGUCAGGAUUCACCAUUAUGCCCGACGGUCAAUGCGACAUGGCCGUCAGAUCACGGGACGGAGGAGGAGCAUCCACGAGUGACAGCAAACAGAGUCGUAGCACAUCAUCAGCAGGUUCGCUAAUUACUGUUGUGUUUCAAAUUCUAGUUAGUAGCCUGCCAACUGCCAAGAUGAACCCGGAGUCGGUUACAACUGUUAAUAAUCUUAUCGGCACCACUGUCCACCAAAUUAAAGCUGCCUUGAAUUGCACUACUUCCUUAUGAAUCUGCUUCAGCUACUCAACCAUCUUUUAAUACACCACACAGAGGUCAGUAUUCAAAAAAAAUAAAAAAAUAAAAAGAGAGAAGUACUGAAGGACAAUUUGGGGUAGUUGGGAAUUUGAAUGCUCCAUCAUCAAUUGCUGAAGCUGACAUACUGCUGCUUGGUGCUACUGCUCCUCCUACUGCUACCGGUGGUUUGGUUCAUUGCAAUCUGCGCCAACUUUACUUCUUAAUUUCAACCCUCCUCAAUUUUAAUUUUAAUUUUUUUUGUCCUUUUUUAAAAUUUCUUUUUCUUUUUCAUUUUCAUUUUUUCCCUUAAAAGAGGGAGUCAAGAACGCACCAUGCGUAUCUUUCCUGCUGUGAGUCCCCCCAUACUCUUUCUCUUUUUGGGCCAAGAGAAGAAAGAAAUUGAAAAAUAUAAGACUCGAACCUUGACAUCACGUAGAGUCCCUCCCAUAGUUCGCUUUCUCUUGUGGGUUUUUUUUUUUUUUUGGUCUCCUCUUCAAUUCCUUUCUCUUCACAGCAAGAAUAAUGUAUGGUUCGGGCAUUGACUUCUGUUUCUGGACUUUUAAUUUCUUUUAUUUUCUUUUCUUUUUUGGUUAAUUUACUAUGGAAUUAUAAACUUCCAUUUCUA